AUGUCUGCUCAUGCCGCUCUCUCAUUGGUCCAGACCGUAGAGUUUGAUGAAGGGGCGGGAGCAGUGCUGCGUAUCCAGCCACUCAGAGCGCCGCGGGACGAAAAUGUUUACGAAUGUGUCGCCAAAAACACUGAAGGUGAAGUCGCUGUGACCUCCAAACUGUCCAUCAUCAGAGAGGACCUGCUGCCCUUCGGCUUCCCCAGCAUCGACAUGGGCCCGCAGCUGAAGGUGGUGGAGCGAACACGGACCGCGACCAUGCUGUGUGCCGCCAGCGGGAUUCCCGAUCCAGAGAUCUCCUGGUUCAAGGACUUUCUGCCGGUGGAGCCGGCGCUCAGCCAAGGACGAAUCAAGCAGCUGCGAUCAGGUGCGCUGCAGAUCGAGCGCAGCGAGGAGACCGAUCAGGGGAAGUACGAGUGCGUGGCGUCUAACUCUCAAGGCGUGCGCUACUCGUCCCCUGCUAACUUAUACGUGAGAGUUCGGCGCGUUCCCCCUCGCUUCACCAUCCCUCCCGUGAGCCACGAGAUCAUGCCAGGCGGCAGCGUGAACAUCACCUGCGUCGCGGUCGGCUCUCCGAUGCCCUACGUGAAGUGGAUGCUGAAUUCUGAGGACCUGACGCCGGAGGAAGAGAUGCCCGUGGGACGAAACGUUCUGGAGCUGAACGGCGUGCGCGAGUCGGCCAACUACACCUGCGUCGCCAUGAGCAGCCUGGGAAUCAUUGAGUCCGUGGCGCAAGUUAUUGUUAAGUCUUUGCCCAGAGCUCCUGGCACCCCCGUCGUCACGGAGACGACCCCCACCAGCAUCACCAUCACCUGGGACUCCGGUAACCCCGACCCUGUUUCCUAUUACAUCAUCCAGUACCGUGCCAAAUCCCCAGACAGCAAGUACGAGACGGUGGACUCCAUCACCACCACCCGCUACAGCAUCGGCGGCCUGUACCCCAACACCGAGUACGAGAUCCGCGUGUCCGCCGUCAACACCAUCGGCCAGGGGCCACCCAGCAACAAAGUGGAAGCUCGGACCGGAGAGCAAGCGCCCGCCAGCCCGCCGCGGAACAUCCAGGCACGCAUCUUAUCACAGAACGCAGUGAUGGUGCGCUGGGACGAGCCGGAGGAGCCCAACGGCUUGAUCAAGGGCUACCGAGUUUAUUACACCAUGGACCCUUCACAGCCGAUGAGCAACUGGCAGAUCCACAACGUUCAGGACAGCAUGAUAACGGCCAUCCACAGCCUCGUGCCGUCCGAGACGUACACCAUCCGUGUGCUGGCGUUCACGUCCGUGGGAGAUGGGCCCUUCUCUGACCCCGUCCACGUCAAAGUCAGGCCUGGAGUUCCUGGGCAGCCAGGGAAGUUCCAGGAGAAGAGGAAUUUUGAGCCCAGAACAUCGUAUGUGGUGGAGGGUCUGCGCGCCAACACCGAGUACACCUUCUCUCUGGCUGCCGUUUCCAAUAAAGGCAUCGGCGCGUUCACCAACGAGAUCAAUCAACGCACGGCACAAGCAAAGCCCUCGGUUCCCCCGCGCGAUCUCCGCUGCUCCGCCGCUGGCUCCACCUCGCCGUCGGUGAGCUGGGCUCCGGCCGCGGAGGAGCCGCUGGGGUACAAGGUGCGGUACGGGAGCGGCGGUGAGUCCUCGCAGACGCUGCGUCUGGAGCCGGGCGCGGGCCGGGCGCUGCUGACGGGCCUGCGGUGCUGGAGUCGGUACCGCGUGACGGUGACGGCGAUCACAGCGCAGGGCGGCGGACCGGAGAGCGCGGCUGUAGAGUGCAGAACGGAUGAAGAUGUGCCCAGAGCUCCGCCCCGUCAGGUGGAAGUCCAGCCCAUCAACAGCACGUCUGUUAAAGUGUCGUGGCGCUCCGUGUUGCCAGGGCAACGGAACGGGCAGAUCCGCGGUUACCAGGUUCACUAUGUGCGCAUGGAGAACGGGGAGUCGCUAGGCCUGCCGCGCAUCAAAGACAUGAUGCUGGACGAUGAGCAGACUUACGAUUCGUUAGCCACUAUAGUACCUGCUCGUCCCGUUCUGUCCGUGCAGCUGGUUAAUGAGACGUCCGCUGCGCUGAUCUGGACUCCCCAACAAUCCUCCGACCCUCUGCUGGAGAUCCUGGGCUUUCGUCUGACCUACGGCCUUAUAAACGACUCUCAGUCUGUCUCUCUGGAUUUCAGACCUGAGGAGCGUCAACACAACGUGACCAGCCUGCGUCCUGGAGGUGUUUACUCAUUCCUCCUGGCCGCUAGAGGGCGCUCCGGUUACAGUGAAGAGGUUCAGGAGCAGCUUUCGGUGCCUGAGUUUUCCCCGAAAGGUUUUCCGCAGCUGUCGGAGCACGUCAACGCCACCUGCUGCUCGCUGCAGCUCACCUGGCUUCCUCCGAACGGCUCUGAACGGAACGCCGGUUUUACCGGAUGCACACUCACGUAUGAGGAAGCAGGUGGUGGCGUUGAACCGCGCACGCUGAUGGUGCCGGCGGAUGCAUCCAGCUACACCAUUCAUGGGCUGAAUCCUGACCGGGCGUAUGCUGUGAGGAUAUCAGCUCAUAACAGCGCCAGGUCAGGCCCAUAUAGCCCACAGGUGCUGUACCGAACCACGGCCUUCGACACAGCAGCUAGCGAAUCUGGGCCAGCUCUCACUGGAUCUUCCGCAUAUGUGUCCCUGCGUAUCCAUACACUGACCUUCUACAUCCCCCACAAUUCCCUGCACAGGCCUCGGCGCACACGGCGGAUGUCUGCCUCCUCACAGUCCUGUGUGGAGUACAACCGGCAGAAGAUGGAGGUGGACGCGCGUCUGAGGAAGGCUGUGAUCCCAAACCUGCAGCCGGACACCAGCUACGACUUCAAGAUCACCAGCCCUGAGGGGAACAUGGGCGGCCUCAGACACCGCAUUCACGCCAAGACAUCUCCUCCCAUCCUCAUCCGCCGGCCCGAGGUGGACCACACGCGAGAGACCGAAGCCAUGGUCACCAUCAUACUGCCCUCGCUGGACACCAGGAGCAGCGUGGAGUACAACCGGCAGAAGAUGGAGGUGGACGCGCGUCCGAGGAAGGCUGUGAUCCCAAACCUGCAGCCGGACACCAGCUACGACUUCAAGAUCACCAGCCCUGAGGGGAACAUGGGCGGCCUCAGACACCGCAUUCACGCCAAGACAUCUCCUCCCAUCCUCAUCCGCCGGCCCGAGGUGGACCACACGCGAGAGACCGAAGCCAUGGUCACCAUCAUACUGCCCUCGCUGGACACCAGGAGCAGCGUCAGGAACAUCUAUGUGGUGGUGGUUCCUCUGAAGAGAGCCAGAGGAGUGAUCCGGCAUCUGAAGAGCCCAGACGAGAUGGACCUGGAGGAGGUCGUGCAGGUGAAUGUGAGCGUGAGAGUCUUAACAAGCUGUCAGAUCAGUGAACCAGGAGGGUUGUGCGUGUGUGUUUACACUGACCCCGUGAUCGCGCCGGACUCGGACCCUCAGCCUCUGGACGCGGGCGACGGUCUCAUCUGGGUGGUGGGACCCGUGCUGGCUGUGCUCUUCAUCAUCUGCAUCGUCAUCGCCAUCCUGCUCUACAAGAAUAAACCUGACAGCAAACGCAAGGACUCUGAGCCAGGAACUAAAUGUUUGCUGAAUAAUGCUGAGAUGAUGGCGCACAACCCCACCGACCCUGUGGAGAUGAGACGCAUCAACUUCCAGACACCAGGUAUGAUGAGUCACCCACCCAUCCCCAUCUCUGAGCUGCCCGAGCACACGGAGCACCUGAAGGCCAACGACAACCUGCAUCUGUCGCAGGAGUACGAGUCGAUUGAUCCCGGGCAGCAGUUCACAUGGGAACACUCAAACCUGGAGGUGAACAAGCCGAAGAACCGCUACGCUAACGUGAUUGCGUACGACCAUACGCGUGUGAUCCUCGCUCCGACAGACGGCAUUAUGGGUAGUGACUACAUCAACGCCAACUACAUCGACGGUUUCAGGAAGCAGAACGCAUAUAUCGCCACCCAGGGGCCGCUGCCGGAGACCUUCGGGGAUAUCUGGAGGAUGGUGUGGGAGCAGAGAGCUGCUUCAGUGGUCAUGAUGACCAAACUAGAGGAGAAAUCACGGAUCAAGUGUGAUCAGUACUGGCCCAGUCGUGGCACAGACACGUUCGGGGCGGUUCAGGUCGCUCUGCUGGAUACCAUGGAGCUGGCCACAUUCUGUGUGAGAACCUUCUCUCUGCACAAGAGCGGCUGUAAUGAGAGGAGAGAGGUGCGCCAGUUCCAGUUCACCGCUUGGCCCGACCACGGCGUUCCCGAAUAUCCCACGCCGUUCCUGGCCUUCCUCCGCAGGGUCAAAGCGUGUAACCCGCCAGACGCCGGCCCCGUCAUCGUCCACUGCAGCGCUGGCGUGGGCCGCACCGGCUGCUUCAUCGUGAUCGACGCCAUGCUGGAGCGCAUCCGUCACGAGCGGACGGUGGACGUGUACGGUCACGUGACCCUGAUGCGCUCGCAGAGGAACUACAUGGUGCAGACGGAGGAUCAGUACGGCUUCAUCCACGAGGCGCUGCUGGAGGCCGUGGCAUGCGGGAACACGGAGGUGGCGGCGCGCAGCCUUUGCUCCUACAUACAGAACCUGUCGCAGGUGGAGGCCGGAGAACACGUGACCGGCAUAGAGCUGGAGUUCAAGCGUCUGGCCAACAGUAAAGCGCACACCUCCAGGUUCGUCAGCGCUAAUCUGCCCUGCAACAAGUUCAAGAACCGGCUGGUGAACAUCAUGCCGUACGAAACCACCCGCGUGUGUCUGCAGCCAAUCAGAGGCCUGGAAGGAUCCGACUACAUCAACGCCAGCUUCAUCGACGGAUACAGGCAGCAGAGGGCGUAUAUUGCGACGCAGGGGCCGCUAGCGGAGACCACUGAGGACUUCUGGCGCAUGCUGUGGGAGCACAACUCCACCAUCGUGGUGAUGCUGACCAAACUGCGUGAGAUGGGACGGGAGAAGUGUCACCAGUACUGGCCAGCCGAGCGCUCGGCGCGCUAUCAGUACUUUGUAGUGGAUCCCAUGGCAGAAUACAACAUGCCACAGUACAUCCUGAGAGAGUUCAAAGUCACCGACGCCAGGGACGGACAGUCCAGAACCGUCAGACAGUUCCAGUUCACCGAUUGGCCAGAACAAGGAGUUCCAAAGUCAGGCGAGGGUUUCAUUGAUUUCAUUGGACAGGUGCAUAAAACCAAGGAGCAGUUUGGCCAGGAUGGACCAAUCGCAGUCCACUGCAGUGCGGGCGUCGGGCGUACGGGUGUCUUCAUCACCCUCAGUAUCGUCCUGGAGCGGAUGCGUUACGAGGGCGCUGUGGACAUCUUCCAGACCGUCAAAAUGCUGCGCACACAACGACCAGCGAUGGUGCAAACUGAGGACGAGUAUCAGUUCUGCUAUCAGGCUGCUCUGGAGUACCUUGGGAGUUUUGAUCACUAUGCAACAUAAGAAGAACGCCAACCUGUACAACACCUUCCCCCUCAACAACCCCACAAACACCCGCAGAGGAACGACAACGACGACGACACGUGAAACACACACAGACUGCGACGCAGAGCAGACGUUCUCUCAGGAGCUCUAGGAGACACUCUGCGUCACAACGCAAACUAUUACCUCAGUGUUCAAAUAUUGAUAUUAAUGUUGUGGUCGGCUUUUUAGAAAUAUUAAACUGUGGAUGAAGAUCUUCAUAACAACAGGAAAAUAUUACAUGUACAAAAUCUAUUUAAAGCAAAACAACGAGGAAAAAAAGAAACUAUGAAAUCAAAAGCCUGGAUAAUUGCUGCACCCUUCAGUGGGAGUUUCUUCGAACUGUAUUUGCCAACGUCAGAUGUGAAUGAGUGCGAGCUCAUCUGCCUGCUAGAGUCAUCGUUGCCAUCCCAAACAAACGCGUCGGCGCCGCAGAACGGAAGCAGAUCUCCUACCUUCUGUGCCUAACGGAGCGACCGCAGCCAACGCCGUACAUUAGCACACGUGAUAUAAUCUCUGAUCCUUGGGAGCUGUGCACGAGACGGACUGAACUCUGUGAAUACUGUAUUCGGUGUGUCUCUACAUGACUAUAUGCUGCUUACAUCGUUUUGGAGGCUUGAAUCUCGUAUCUGUAUCAUGUUCUUUUGCUCCUUUCUGCUGUGGCAUAAUGUACUCCGCUGUGUCUUUAUGGUGGGACGACGGAAGGGCCACGAUUAUUGGGUUUAUAGAUAAAUGAUUGGGCUGAUACACGUUCUACAGGAAUCGCGAGACUCAUUCCCCAGUAUUUCCAGCCAUGCGUCAAACGCUAGAAAGAUCUUCUGAGAUGGUUGCAUUCUCCCUCGAU